CUGCAGCCUCCCCCUCACUGAAUACACGCUCCGCACGCCGGGCAGCGGGGAGAACCAGGAGAACAUCGCCCGGCUCGCAACCGACCUCCACCGGGCGCCCGUCACACCCCUGUGCUUCGGCAGGAGGAGGAAUCGGAGAAGAUGGAUGUUCUGCGUAAGGGUUUUCCCCAGCCUUGAUUUAUUUUUCCUUUUUUUUAAAGGCGAUCCUCUGAAUGGAGAGGAAGAGCAAAUAAAACGCGAGCGUGUGUGCGGUGGGAGGGGCACACCGGCGGGGGCCAACGGCGCUCUCUCUCCUGGCUACGGCAUUCCGUCUAUGGCAAAGGAUGCGGUAGUCCGCCAUGGAGUUCAGCUCGUCCUCGGUGUUCGAUCAGCAUAAAGAUUCUGCAGAGGAAGUUGACCUUAACGUGGUAUAUCUGGCAGCAGCCAACGGAGAUGUCAAUACUCUGACAGCAGUCAUCCGUGAGGACCCAUCCAUUCUGGAAUGCUGUGAUGGCGAAGGGUCCACCCCUCUGAUGCAUGCAGUGUCAGGCAGACAGGUGGACACCGUGAAGCUGCUGCUGAAGAUGGGGGCGUCCAUAAACACCCAGGACGCCUGUGGACGCACCUCUCUUUCCCUGGCAACGUACCUGGGCUGGCUUGAAGGCUGUGUGUGUUUACUCCGAAAUGGUGCCAAGCAAAACAUCCCGGACAAAAAUGGGCGUCUGCCACUUCAUGCUGCAACUGCUGAGACUGACCUAAGGCUCAUGGCCGUGCUGCUGCAGCAGUCCACACUGUGUGAAAUCAACCACCAAGACAAUGAGGGCAUGACAGCUCUUCAUUGGGCAUCCUUCCACAACCGGCCCCAGCAUGUCCAGGCCCUUCUGCAGAAGGGAGCAGACCCCACUCUGGUGGACAAAGACUUCAAAACCGCCCUUCACUGGGCUGUGCAGAGUGGCAGUCCGUUCAUGUGCUCGCUCAUCCUGGACCACCACCUGGGCUCAUCCGUCAUCAACUACGACGACGAAAACGGGAAGACCUGUGUGCACAUCGCAGCCGCCGCCGGCUACAGUGACAUCAUCUACGAGCUGGCGCGCGUCCCUGAGACCAACCUGCAGGCCCUCGAUGUGGACGAGAGAACCCCCCUCCAUUGGGCCGCUGCUGCGGGGAAGGCUGACUGCGUCCAGGCCCUAUUACAGCUGGGCGUGGAGACAGGUCCACGGGACAUCAACGAAAACACACCCCUCACAUAUGCAAUGUACUGCGGCCACACUGCCUGCAUCAAACUCCUCUCCACCGAGAACAGACAGGCAGAAUCAGACAGGCAGCUGCACUCCCAGAACAGUGACAACAGUCUCAAAAAAGAAGGCAAAUUUAGUGUGCUCAAUCAGAUCUUCUUCUGCAAGAAGAGGAAGGAGCAUCAACGACAGAAAGACAAGGUCCGGGACCGGGACCGCCACAUGAGGGAGGAGACGUCUGAGGUGGAUGACAUCAUCACCAUGUUCGAUUGCAUCGUGGAGUCCUCUCCCAAGGACCACACUGAGGACGGUCCAGACACCAGGAAGCGGCCCGGAGAAUCUCAGAAACACCAUCUUAAGGAGAAUCAUGCCAUGGCAAAGGAAUACAAGGGGCUCCCACCCAUAAGGACGCAAAGUCUUCCUCCCAUCACGCUGGGAAGCUCUUUGUUGGCCAGCUCCCAAAAUGCAUCGCAAGGCAGCACCCAUGGGCAGAUGGCCCACCAUUUGGCCCACAGAUCUCAGAAAAGCAGGAGCGAGCACGACUUGUUUGACAACCGAUCCAAGGGGCAGGCCCUGCUUAGCCAUUCAUGGAGGUCGGAAUCCAAUCAGGUACUAUCACACAAAGCAUGGACAAGCCCCAGUUCUGACAAGCUGUUGGAUCAGCUGCUUGAUGAGAAAUCUAACCCCCUGGAUCUGCUUUAUCCUAACCACAUUCCGUACAUGCAGAAAACUGAAGCUCCAAAUUCCCACCUGCUUCCACUGGACAGAUUGAAGAUCAGGGAAACUGCCCUCACACGCAACAGCUUGGCCCCCAUUCGUGACCACUGCACUCACAGGUUUUCCUUACCACCUGACCAAGUGUCUCAGGGAGUGAAGAAGUCCAAAUCUCUCCCUCUGGGUUCUCUGGGACGGACCCGGCCGGGCCUCCCUCCUCCCCUGACCUCCAGGACCCACAGGAUUGCCAUGCCCCAGAGCCAGUCCCUCUGUUCAUUCUUGCCCAUCCAGACCGUUGAGCCCCUGCGGAACGUCCACGUCCUGCCUGCCAUCCCGUCCCAUAAGAAACGCAGCCUGUCCCCGCCCGAAGCCCAGAGGACCGCUCACAGUGACCUUGACAACCGAACCUGAUGUGUCUUUCUGUCUCCCCGUUAAGGGGGACACGGGGUACAAUGUGCUGUAUGAAUGACUGAACCGUUUCCUGUGAGUUAUCAAUGCAGUGCAGUUUGGUGACUUUAAAUUGGCUUGAAGGGCAGGGACACGCAGUAUGGCAAAUGACCUGUUGCUCAGCCAUCAUUCCCCCUUGGGGGGCCAAUGUGUACCCUUUGUGCAGUUGCUUCUAGACUUUUCCUGGACUUGACAAGGAAACUAUUUUUUUUUUUUGAUUGCCCUCAAUAUUAGCAAAACUGAAGAACGACAGCCUAUUUUUACACAUUUUUACAUGGUGAUGGAUACUCCAUGUCUCAAGGCAUGUACUGUUUUUGUUUUUGGGUUCUCUUGCACCCCCUGUACUUGAACUUAAUUGUUUAGGUUUGUGAUGUGGAUAUUUUGCAAAUUUAAUAAAGAGUAUGAAUUA